GUCCACACCAUUCCCCCUUCACAGUCGUCGACUCUCCACGCUGCUCCUCUUCUAUCUCUUUCCGCAAUGUCGAAUACUCGAGUUCCCUACUCCUCACAGAAAGAAUCCAUCAAAUCAUUUGCAGGAACUGAUGAAAUCUUUUCAUUUCACCAGCUCCACGAUGUAAUCCUACCAGCUUUGCUUGACAAUUUGGUGAAGAUGAGGAACUCUGUCUCCGCUUCCGGAAUCCACGAGGAAACUGAUGCUACUACCGGCAGCUCAGAUCUAGACGAUCGGCUCAAGAGAAUCCUCGAAAAUCUUCUUGAUGCCAAAAAUGCUCUCGUGAGAUUCAAGGAUCUGGAGGUGCUAACCAACAAGCAGAUGCGAGCACUUCUCAUUCCCAACGUCGACGAUAUUCUGGUAGAAAUUGAGGAGGCUGAGAAAGCAGAGGAGGAUGUUCGUGCAGCUGUGCAAGGCAGAAAAGCCGCUGAAGAAGCUCGUACCGUCGCCACGGAAGCUCGCAUCUCCGCCGAGGAAGCUCGUCGCCACGGAGAUAAGGAAGAAGCCAUCGAAGCUUUAAAAGAAUUCCGGCGAGCUGAACGAGAAGUUCUCGAGUCUGAACGGGCCUAUGACGAACAGAUAGAUGAUGUAACGUCUACUGUGCAUACCAUACCAAUGGAGAAGAUUCAAAUACAGAUUCCUGUAUUGAGCAAGUUUACUACGGAGUUGAAAGGGAAUCUCAUCAGAUCGCUUCCUACCACAACCAAUCCAGAUGAUACUCAAACCCAGCCUACGAAGACCACAGCUGAAAACGUGCAGAAAGAAGAUGAUAAGGAAUGGCUGGUCAAGUGGUCAGAUCUCGAUCUGGAGGAUGAAAGUUUCUGCGAGAGCUUGGCUUUCAAAGCGAUUGAGGAGCGGUAUGUAAAAUUGGAACCUACUUUGAAAGUAUGUUUACUGUUUUUGGUCAUUUUCCCGGAUAAUGCUGUUAUAAAGAAGACUGCUAUAAUCUACUGGUGGAUUGGAGAGGGAUUUUUAGUAGCAGAUCCUCGUUCACCUAAGACAGUGGAGGAGAUUGCAAAUGAGUUCUUGGAGGAGCUCAUGGCGAAGGGCUUCAUUGAGCCUGUCAACAAGAAGAGAAGUCCCAUUGUGCAGAGAUUUCGAAUGAAUCCUUUUGUGCGCCUUGUGCUGCUUAUGUUGGCCAAGAAGAAAAGACUCUUUUGAUAUUGAUUCUGCUGGGAACUUCCAAGCAGAUUCUUUUACACACUCCAAGAGAGCAUGCUUGGUUAGAUCUGAGCAAGGGUCUUCCCAGUAUGAACUAAGGACUAAGAG